AUGGACGACCUGCUGUAUGGAGCCCAUUCUAUGACGUCAGCAUUGGAAUUACAACAAGAGCUUAUUCGCCUGCUUCAGUCUGGAGGAUUCAACUUAAGAAAAUGGAAUUCCAACAAAGAGGAACUACUUAACAUCAACAACAACCAAGACAACAAAAAUUUUAAUUUUAAACAUGCACAUUCAUCGAAAACACUUGGACUCAGCUGGAUUUCUAAACAAGAUAUUUUCACAUUCCAAACAAAAAUUACUGACUCUGAGAAGAAAUGUACAAAGCGAAGUCUUUUGUCAGAAAUUUCGAAACAGUUCGAUCCAAUCGGCUUGAUUGCUCCUAUAACAUGGGAUGAUGAACUACCCGAAGAAAUCCUAGUAGAAUGGAUAAACAUGAAACAUGGCAUCAAAAUGAUUGAUCAACUACAAAUACCUAGAUGGUUGGGAACAAAAGAAAAUAGCUUAGUCGAAUUGCAUGGUUUCUGCGAUUCGUCGGAGAGAGCAUUCGGCUGCGCCAUAUAUUGCAGAACAAGCAAAAAUCAUCAUUCAAUGGUGGUGUUAGUUGCCGCCAAAACUCGACUAGUACCCAUCAAAAAGCCUAUCACUAUACCAAGGCUCGAAUUAAAUGCCGCAGUUUUAUUAUCAAAAUUGAUGAACAAGGUUGUCAACUGCCUAAGUACGUACAACAUACAGAGCUUUGGUUGGUGUGACUCCACCGCUGUUCUAGGCUGGUUGCACGGAGACGCUGCACGAUGGAAGCCUUUCGUGGCAAACAGGGUCAAACAAGUGAUCACAAAUAUGCCCCCCGCCUGCUGGCGCUAUGUGAAGUCGGAGGAAAAUCCAGCAGAUUGCGCCAGCAGGGGCUUAACAGCAGGACAACUAAAAGGCCACCCGCUUUGGUGGCAAGGGCCCUCUUGGCUACUAACAUAUAAACAAGAUGUAGAAAACAACCCUAUGUAUACAACCAACGAAGAGGAAAAGCAAGUUUUAGUAGCUCAGAAAGCAAAAGAAGAAGAAAAAAGCUACAUUUUACCGCAACUUAUAGAAAAACAAAGCUCAUUUACACGCUUAGUAAGAAUAUUAGCAUGGAUUCUACGAGUCAAAAAAGAUAAAACUAAACAGAGGCAGCCCUACCUAACAAUAUCAGAGUUACAAACAGCUACUAAUUUAUUAAUAAAACAUGUGCAAUCAGCCGAAUUCAAAGACGAUAUCAAUAACAUUACGCAAAAUAAACAAGUACCGAAAAAGAGCCCAUUAUCAAAGUUGAAUCCGUUCAUAGAUAAAAAUGGCAUCUUAAGAGUAGAUGGCAGAUUAGAACUCGCAAAUAUCACAUAUAAUAUGAAACAUCCAAUAAUUUUGCCGAACAGAAGCCGUUUUACACAAUUACUGAUUGAUAGCGCGCAUAAGAUCACAUUUCAUGGCGGCGCGCGAUUGACGUCAGCGUUCAUUCGACAAAAGUACUGGAUUGUUGGCGGAAAUCGAACAAUUAAAAGGUUAAUAAGAACCUGUAUAACCUGUCGACGUCACGCUCCCAGCAUACAACCCCAGAUCAUGGGUGAUUUGCCUGAAGCCAGGACAAACCCCUCCCGUCCUUUUUAUCAUACAGGAGUUGACUACACGGGUUACGUGGACGUCAAGGCAAGCAAGGGUCGAGGCAUAAAAACAAACAAGGGUUAUGUGGCUGUAUUCGUGUGCAUGGCAACAAAGGCCGUGCACCUCGAACUCGUGUCCGACCUCACGUCGUCAGCAUUUUUGGCCGCACUGCGUCGUAUGGCAGCUCGUCGAGGCGCGCCGCGUCACAUAUAUUGCGACAACGGCACUAACUUCGUCGGUGCUAGCCGUGUUCUAGAACAAAACAUAAAGCAGCUUAAAGAAAAUAUUUCUGAUCCAGAAUUCUUAACUGAACUUACGAAAAUGGAGAUCGAAUUCCACUUCAACGCUCCUUCUUGGCCAUCAGCGGGAGGACUCUGGGAGGCUGCGGUCAAGAGCCUGAAAUAUCACAUCAAACGUGUUAUCGGAGAGCAAAAAUUAACAUUCGAAGAGUACUCAACGAUACUUACUCAGCUAGAAGCGUGCCUUAAUACUAGGCCGCUGUGUGCAUUAACUGAGGAUGUGGAGGACCUGGACUUCUUAACGCCUUCGCAUUUCUUAACUGGAACAGCUGAUGUAACCAUACUGGAAACAGAACACGACGCGCGAACAAGAUGGAACUUAACAGAAAAACUAAUGGCUGAUAUCUGGAAGCGCUGGAAAUCGGAAUACCUUACACAACUUACCGUUCGAAACAAAUGGAAGCAGUCGACAUCUAACAUUCAAGUCGGUCAAUUGGUGACAAUUCAAGAAGAUAACUUACCUGCUGGAAAAUGGUUGACAGGUCGAGUUAUACAUUUACACCCAGGAAAAGAUGGUUUCGUUCGAGUUGUCUCCUUGAAAACAAAAAACGGAAUUUUAAAACGGCCAGUUACCAAAUUAUCCAUACUGCCACUACGAGUGAAUUGA